CUGCCCUCGCGAAAUCACCAUCUUGCACCACCACAACCGCAAUCAUGUCUCACGAAAGCGUCUGGAACUCGCGCCCGCGAAACUACGGCAAGGGCUCUCGCCAAUGCCGCGUCUGCAAGCACAAGGCUGGUCUGAUCCGCAAGUACGACCUUGACCUGUGCCGUCAAUGCUUCCGUGAGAAGGCCAAGGACAUUGGUUUCCACAAGUACCGAUAAAGGAGCUGUUGUGUGAAAAGGGGGCUUUCCAAAGGGG